CCCUGUCAGAGGAUUUCAAUGCUGUGAUCCUUCUGCAUCGGCGGAACAAUGCACCUUCGAGCACUGUUAACCGAACCGAACGUCAUGAAAAUCACUUGGAUGCGCUGUUUUGUAUGAAAAAUGGAGCCGGUUCAUCGCUUCUUGGUUCACAAGACCUGAUAUUGGUCUUUCUUGGAGAUGGAGUAUAUGCGCUCACGCUCGACAAGUCUAUCAGAUAAUGGGACGUAAAGAUGGGGUACGACACCAGUUGCUCUCUUUAAAAUAGCCUCUCCUGUCGGAGAAUGACCCCCCCUCAGCGCCUGUCGGAAUGCCGUUUCUCUCCGCGUGCACAAGGGCCACGCGCCAGAUGGCCACAUCAUAACCGACUGUGAUACUUGAUACUAUUGCACUAAAGCUGGACCUAAACUUUGAAGAUCUGAUGGAUUUGAAGAGGGUGCUGUCCUUUCCUCCAUAUCCAGGGGAUUAUCUGCACCCAGUGGUGUACGCCUGCACUGCAGUGAUGCUGCUCUGCCUGCUGAUUUCUAUCAUGACAUACAUUGUGCACCACAGCAUAAUCCGAAUCAGCAGGAAAGGAUGGCACAUGCUCCUCAACUUCCUCUUCCACACUGCCAUGACGUUUGGGGUGUUUGCAGGAGGCAUCAACCAGAUCAAGUACCCUGUGAUCUGUCAAGUGGUUGGCAUUAUCUUGCACUACUCCUCCCUCUCCAGCAUGCUGUGGCUGCUUUUCACUGCCAGGAACGUCUGCAAGGAGGUGUCCAAGGCUCCGCCCAUUCCUCAGGACAGGGACCCUCCCACUCAACCACGCCCGAAAGCCACCAUUUUCAGGUUUUAUCUGGUCAGUGGUGGGGUCCCGCUCAUCAUAGUCGGUGUUACAGCUGCUGUUAACUUGGACAACUAUGGUAGCAGAGAUGACGCCCCUUACUGUUGGAUGGCCUGGGAGCCUAGUCUGGGGGGCUUUUACGGACCCACUGCCUUCUUGGUCUUGGUAAUGUGCAUCUACUUUCUGUGCACAUAUGUACAACUAAAGCGGCAUCCAGAGCGCAAAUAUGAGCUCAAGGCCAUGACCGAAGAGCAGCAGCGUCUGGCUGUGGCUGAAAUCGGCCACUGUCACGCGGUCAGCGGAGAGCCAGGUGAGCACGGCGAUCACACAGGGUGCACGGCCAUCACAGCCUCAAUGCUGGCCAACGAGCACUCGUUUAAAGCUCAGCUUAGGGCCACCGCCUUCACGCUCUUCCUCUUCCUAUCCACUUGGGUUUUCGGAGCACUCGCUGUAUCACAGGGCCAUUUUCUAGACAUGAUCUUCAGCUGCCUGUAUGGAGCCUUUUCAGUCACAUUGGGGCUUUUUUUGCUCAUUCAGCACUGUGCAAAACGUGACGAUGUGUGGCACCGCUGGUGGGCUUGUUGUCCUAAUAAACCAAAGGUGGAGGUCAAUGGGGAAGCAGCGGGGAAUGCCGUCUCAACUACACAAAGUCACAGCCAUACGCCAUCUCACGUGCAGAACCAAAUCCACUGCCAGGUUGACUCAUCCUGUUUGGGUAAACCUCUGCUCUCCCCACACCUCUCACCCCACUGCAAGUUGGGUAGCCUCCCCUCUACCCAGAACCACACAAGCACCUGCUGUGCCACCCUACACAGUCCUUCUUCUCUAAUCGGGGGCUCGACUCGCCCCCAGUCCCUCCCGGAUGAACUACCCCGGCCAACCCUUCCCCUUCAAAGCUGCUUAAAGGACAGAUCUAAGACUCGCUCCUUCAACCGACCUCGGCCCUGCCUCAGGGACUACUCCUACCACAUGACCUCCACCAGCAUGGAUGGAAGCGUCCACAGCUCCCACCUGGACAGCCCCCACAGCGUGCACCUGGACAACCCUUUGACCUGCCACACAUCACACCUGGAUACCCAGCUGUCAUGUCAUAGCCCUCAUCCUGACAACCAGCUGCGCUGCCCGAGUCCCAGUCCUCACCUCGAGAGUCUGGCCUCGCACGGUCUCCACGACAGCCUCUCCUGCCAUAGCGCACACUUGGACAGUCAGCUCUCCUGCCACAGACACAUGUGCUGUGCCAAAGCAGACCCGUUCUCGAGCAUAUGCUGCCCUAAAGCUGACCCAUUUGUCAGCCCUUGCCAGGCAGAGGAUCCUGACAUGGGAUCGCUGAUGUACAGCUGCGCCAAAAUGGCAGAUAAAGAGGACGAAAGCAUGCUGCACUUGGAUAUAACCCCUCCACGGGUGAGCCACGCCACGCUCGGCAGGAAAGGCACCCUCAGCCGGAGAGGGACAUUGAGCCGGAACAAUAGUCAACAUGAGGAUUACGCAAUUACAUCUGACUCCACAGGUAACAUUAGGACUGGGCCUUGGAAAAACGAGACAACCGUGUAGGCCUGUGAAUGACUAACCUGUUUCUCUCGCCUGAGCUAAACUACUGUGUAGUCCCAGGGCUAUUACCCAAAGGCCCUCUCUUGUCUGAGCUAAGCUACUGUGUAGUCCCUUUGCUGUGACUUCCCUCUCUCACCCGUCCCAUACACCUUCUCUUCCCCUUUAAAGAGGUUUGAACCUCUGCUUACCUCUUCUCAGACUUCAUUUCAUGUUUCAUCCCAGCUCCAUUGGGUUUGUCCUUUUGCCAUUUCGAUAUGGCAGCAAAGAUCCCAUGCCAUACAUUUUAAUUUGGACGAUCUUUUAUAAUCAAACUGAUUUUUGUACAUGUGUUUUUGGGUAUGGUUACAAAAUGUGCAACUAUGUCGUUGUGGAUGUGUGUGUGUGUAUGCGUGCGUGCGUGUGUGUGUUAAGUAGGUGAGAAAGAAUAGAGUGCAUGUGUUUGUGUCUAUUUGCAUGUGACAACAUGCUUGUGUGUGUAUAUACUGGAUAGCAAGAUUUCCAUUUGUGCAGAUGAGUCCUCUUUAUUAGAGCCAAAAUCUCCCACAUUUCUGUUUUGCAUUUCAGUAAAAAAAGAAGAAAAAAUGCAUUGCCAAGUGUGAAAAAGCAGCACUUAAUUAGAUUUUCACUUCUAAAGAAACUGUGAAUUAUCACUAAGGUAAUUAAGAGUAAUCAGUGAACAUAAAUGUGAGAUAAAUGUGCCAAACAGUACAAUAAUUAAAAUGCAACUUUAAAACUGAGAUAUGCCCUGAAUACCUGCUCUGUGAAAUGUGGAUAAUGAUGUGUGGUUGUCAUAAGGUUUUUUUUUCAUCUACAGACAUAAAAACAGCAAACAAAUAGUCUCCCUGUGUUUCCAUGGUGACAAAUCAUGAAGAGAGGUGCCCAGUCAGAACUGCACAUGCGAUGUAUGCACAUAUAGUGUUUAGUUACUGGCAAUGAUCAGUUCAAGUCAAUGGCCUUACAGAACCCAUCCGUUUUGCAUUGAUCAAAUGUCUUAUGUUGCACUAAAGCAUUAAUGCAUGUUUGCCAUAAUGAAGCAAUCAUUUACACGCCUAAUGAGCUACAUACUUUCAUGUGAUUGACAGGAAAGCAUUUUCGCUUACUGGAAACACUCAUGAUAUUUAUUCUGAGCCAAAAACAGAGGGCUUUACUUUCUACAUUGGAAGAAAGGAGACUCAUUAACGGUUUUUAUCACUGUGCCAACUCACCGUGCUCACAGGUAUUGUCAGAUUUUUAACAUAAUAGAUCUCGUCUGUCAAACGAGCAGUGGGUAAAUGAAGACAAAAGGGAAAAAGUGUCCAUGCCAACUCGUAUUGUGAGUAAUUAUUGGGUUCAUUGAUGAAUACACAAUAAAUCAAGAGUAAAAUAGAAGCUGAGCACUUAAUCUCACAUAUUAAGCUGUGAAAUGUGAGGCCGAAUGCUUACAAUAUUAAAAUGUGAUUUAAAAAGAAUAAAAAAUUUGUCUUGAAUCUGAUCAUAAUUACAUAUAAUGUAGGAACGUUUUGACUUUACCUCAAGUAAAAUAGUUCAUAUUCGGGUUUGUUCUUCAUUUAGUUUAACUCAAUGUGUGAUUUGGUUAUCAAAAGUAAUUAUUUGAAUCAGCCCAAAUAGUUAAAAUAAAAUAAUAAUAAUUCCUUACAUUUAUAUAGCGCAUUUCUGGAUACUCAAAGCACUUUACACAUUGGGGGGAACCAGUGUGCAGCAUCCACCUGGAUGACGCAACGGCAGCCAUAUUGCACACCCCACACCAGCUGAUUGGUGGAGAGGAGACAGAUUGAUUAAGCCAAUGAUGAUAUGGGGACGGUUAGGAGGCCAUGAUGGACUGAGGCCAGUGGGCAAAUUUGGCCAGGAUGCUGGGGUUAAACCUCUUCUAAUUUUCGAAGGACAUCCUGGAAUUUUGAACAACCACAGAGAGUCAGGACUUCGGUUUAACGUCUCAUCUGAAAGACGGCACUCACUAAGCAGUAUAGAGUCCCCUUCACUAUACUGGGGCUUUAGGACCCACACAGACCGCAGGAUGAACUCACCUGCUGGCCUCACUAACACCGCUUCCGGCAGCAACCUAGCUUUCCCAUGUGAUCUCCUAUCCAGGUACUGACCAGGCACAGCCCUGCUUAGCUUCAGUGGGCGACCAUGUGAAAGUUGCAGAGAGCUAGCUUAUAGAUAUAAAAAAUAUACAGUCCCGAUUCUACAUUGUCUUUAGAUUAUAUUAGCAGUGAGCAUAUUCUAUUUUAUUCUUGAUUUCAAUGAUAAACAAUACCAGAAAUCUACCAAGAAAUCUAUACAAUGUUUCUGUGUUCAUUUAAGGGGUGUUUUAAACGCUUUUCUAUACCACAUGACGGUAUUCAGACUUAAUACUAUGUGCUAUUAUAUAAUCGUAAUGCAAACAGAAGAGUCGUAUGAAACAUUAGGAAAAAUUCCUUGUUUAUAUUGAUUUUUGUUUGUGAGCUCAGGGAUCAUGUUGCGUUUUUCACAAGUAAAAUCACUGAAGAUAUCAAUUUGCAUGGAAUUACCAUCGGAUAUAGACCCCCCGAGUGUGUCACCAGAUUAAAUAUUUAUUUUCGAAGUAUCCCUCACCAUCCAACCCAUGCAGAUGUGUAGCACAUGGAUACUAUUAAGCCCUCCUUUGGAUUUCUGGAGGAAGUGAAAUUUGUCUAGCUGCCAGAUUUACCAUGUGUUGUGAUUUAUCUUCACCCACGCGACCCACCUGUCAUUUAUGAGAAAUGCGUUUUUUUUUUUUUGGUCAGUACAUGUGAUUUGUGGUCUGACCUGACCCAAAGCUAAAUUAUAAUUUUUUUUACAUGUCACAAUUUCCAAUAAAUGUAUU